AUUAAAGAUUAAUAAAAUUUUAAUAAUUAUCACAAAAUGCAAGAUUUAUGCCCAUUGUGUUUGAAAAAUGGCCUUAAGAAUAAAAUAAAAUUAUUGCAAAUUAAUUUACAAGAGGCUGUAUGGAUAUGUGAAGAAGAAAAGUGUGUAUGGCCUUUUGGAUAUGAAGAUUUUGUAUUUUGUCCGAGAAUAGUAGGAAAAGUCUGGUCUUGUUAUUGGAAUGAUUAUAAGCCAACAACACCAAGAUUAAAAGAAAAUCUUAUAAUAUCAAAUCCAUCAAAACUACCAUUAUGUCCUAUACCUGUAAUACCUACCAAACAUAUAUCGAAAGAAGUUAUCAAUAAUUUAGAUAUGCAUCCUUUAGAGAAUAUUAAUGCUAUAAAUAACAGUUCAAAUAUAAUAAACUCAAAUACUAACGUUGAUGAUCUACAUAUUUCUGUUUUUAGAGAAGCAAGUAUGAUAUCAAACAUUAAUAUCGAAGAAAAAGAAACUACUGUAAGUAAUGUACAUAGCAAUAAAUUACAAUCGAUUAAUGAUAACAUAGAAAAUAUAAAAUUUGAGAAUGAAUGGAAAAAUUUAUUAAAUGAAGAUAUUAAAGAAAAAAAUGAUAUUUCCAUAGAAAAUGUUAAAAAUAUGAAUAUUGUCAAGAAGGCACCAAAAAUAACAAGUAUUGAAAAAACAAACAUUAUUAUUUCUAAUAUGAAAAUAGAAAAUCAGAUUCCUAAUGUUAAGUUAAGAAAUGAAGAAUCUGUUCAUCAAAAAUCUAAGAAGGAAAUUUUAGACGUUGAAUCUGUAGAUGUUACAGGAACUAAACUGAAACCAGAAGUUGAAGAAUUACCAAAUUUGGAAUCAAGUGAAAAUAAUGAAAAUAUAUUAAAACCUAAUUUAAAUAUAACUAUGAUGGAAAUAGAUGGUUUACCACCUAUCACAUUGUCAUUUGAAAUUCCAGUAUACUCUACAGCUCCUGAAACAGUAAUAGCUAAUACACAACUAGGUAGUUAUAAAAGUAAUAAUACAAAACCAAACAGUUUCGAAAUGAAAGAUACAGUUGUAAAACGGAAUAUAAGUAGUGGUAAAAUAUAUGAGAAAUUCAAUUUUAAUGCAAUUAAGAAAAAGCUGGAAUCAAAUAAUUCCAGCAAUACUAAUAAUAAUAAAGAUAAUUUUUCUAAUGCGAAGACACAAAUUCAAAAGGUAGAAAAUGAUUCACCAGAACCAAAACCAAUUUCAAAUGAAAGUGCUAUUUGUGUACUGAAUGAACUUGAUAAGUCUUAUUCUUCAGAUAUGAAGAUACAAGUUCAGCAAGUAAAAAAUGAUUCACCAGAAAUAAUUUCAAAUGUGAGUGCUACUUGUGUACAAAAUCAACUUGAUGAAUCUGCAAUGUCUUUAUCAAAUCAAGAAAUUAUAGAAUCUGAUACUGUAGCAGUCAAUGCUAGUGUAAAUAUAGAUACUGUUUUGGAAGAGCUUAUAUGCAAUGAUUAUAGUAUUUCUGAAAAUAUAAGCGACGACUGGAUAGAAUCUCUAUUAAUUUAGCAUUUGAUAUACUAUAAUUAAUUGUAUUUAGUUACUUUAUCUGAACAAUAUUAUACAGUUCCCUAUCUCACCCAUUUAUAGAAAAUAAUAAUAUGUCAUUUUAUAUUAUACAGUCGUAUAACUAGAAUUUUGUUUACUUAUGGAAAUAAAAAAUUGUUGUUGAUUCUGUAUGUAUAUAAUAUAUGUAUGUUUGUUUGUAUGUAUGUAUAUAUGUAUAUGAUGACAAACAAAAAAUAAAUAAGACAAAUAUUUAGGUGAUCACAUUUAGCUGGGUCACUCUGUCUAAUUAAUGUAGUAUGGGAAUAUUAUAUAUUUAACAGAUAUUUACUAUACAUAGGCACACAGCUUUAUUAUGCAACACAUGGUAUAUUUAAAUAUAUGCAUUAUAAGUAUUAUAAUAGUCUUUAUGACUAAUUACAUAAUACAUUUUAUAAAUAUAUGAUAUCAUUCUAUUUAAAUAAUUUGAAAAUUUUAGUAUAAAAAUAAUUGUAUUUUUAUAUAAUCCUAAAGUAAAGAAAUCACUUCUUAUCUCUUGUAAUCCACGUAAAAAAUGUUUAUUCUAGAUAACUGUACUAGAAUCAUUUUAUUCUUCCAUAUCACUUAAAAAAGGAGGGAAUAUAACAUAAAUAUUGUUUUUUAAACAUAUUUCGACAUAAAUAAUAUGUACUGAUAUUUUCUAGUUAUUUUAUGUAUAUAAUGUAUGUUACAAUAUAAUACAGUUUAUGCAUAAAUUUUCACGACAAUAUAUUUAAUAAAAAUGGUUUUUUUAAUAUAGUGAGUACUGCCAUGAUGUGAUUGUUUCAAGGUAUUAUAAUUGUACAUAAUACAUUUUCAAAAUAUUUUAAGUGAAAGAAAUUGUCACAUAGUUUAUAAUCAAAUUACCUAAUGAAUAUAACAUUUAAAUGAAUGUUUUUAAAGAGUAAUAAUAAAGUAAUUCGAAGAAUAAUUGCUAUUAAAUGUAUAGUAGGUAUUUUUCUAUUUUCACAAUUAUGAAUUGAUGAAGGAAUAAUUGCAAAAAAAUUUUAAGAUGUUUACAAUAAGUGAUGAAAAGGAAACAAGUCUGUUAUACAAUAUAAUAUAUUUUUUAAAAGAUUGCAAUAAUGCAAUGAUGUCAGAUUGCAUAAUAUAUGAAAUCAGAACAGAGUGAAAGUGAAAGUAAAAUAUGCAGCAAAAUUAUUGCAAAAAAUAUAUUUAUAUUGUACAAUUACAAUAAAUUGCAAAAUAAAAUGAUUGUUACCUAUGAAUAAAAAGGCGAUUGUAAA